AUGGCUCAGUUCGACGCGUACCGCGCGAAGAUGCAGGCUGCUGGCCUGUCGACAGAGGCUAUUAAGGCUUUCGAGUUCUCGUACGACGCCCUUGUGAGCGGCGAGACCGGUAUGAUCGCCGAGAGCUCCAUUAAGCCCGCCGACAACCUGCCGUACCUGGAAAACAAGGCCGACAGCAUCCGCGAGUCCGUCAAGGCCGAUCCAUCCCUGCUUAAGGAGACAGUCGUGCUCAAGCUGAACGGCGGUCUGGGUACCAGCAUGGGUCUGGACAAGGCUAAGUCGCUGCUGACCGUCAAGGGCGACGAUACCUUUCUGGAUGUCAUGGCCAAGCAGGUGACGGAGCUGCGCGCCACGCAUAAGUCCCACGUGCGCUUUGUCCUCAUGAACAGCUUCAGUACGAGCGCUGACACCCUCGAAUAUCUGCAGAAGUACCCGGAGCUUGUUGAGGACGAGACUCUGGAGUUGUUACAGAACAAGGUGCCGAAGGUGAACGCAGCCACUAUGGAGCCGGCCUCGUACCCUCCCAACCCCGCUAAAGAGUGGUGCCCGCCUGGACACGGUGACCUGUACGCGUCGCUUGCCGGCUCGGGCAAGCUGGACAAGCUUGUCGCCGACGGCGUCAAGUAUAUGUUCGUGUCCAACUCGGACAACCUGGGUGCCACUCUUGACUUGGAUCUGCUCACGUACUUCGCGCAGUCUGAUAAACCAUUCCUCAUGGAGUGCUGCGAGCGCACGGAGAACGACAAGAAGGGUGGUCACCUGGCUGAGCGCACCGCCGACGGCCGCCUCAUCCUCCGUGAGUCUGCCCAAUGCGCUGACGAGGACGAGAAGGAGUUUCAGAACAUCGAAAAGCACCGUUACUUCAACACGAACAACCUGUGGAUCCGUCUGGACAAGCUCCAAGAGGAGCUGAAGAAGCAGGGUGGCGUCAUUCGCCUUCCUAUGAUCAAGAACUCCAAGACCGUGGACCCCAAGGACUCCAGCUCGACCCCAGUGUUUCAGCUGGAGACCGCUAUGGGUGCUGCCAUCGAGUGCUUCGACGGUGCUGGUGCUGUGUGCGUCCCUCGUACGCGUUUCGCCCCCGUGAAGAAGUGCGAUGACCUGAUUCUGCUGCGCUCGGAUGCCUACGUCAUCACUGAGGACUACCGCCCUGUUAUCGCCCCCGAGCGUGAGGGUGUGGCCCCCAUUGUGUCUCUGGACUCUAAGAACUUCAAGCUGGUGCAGCAGCUUGAGGCUGCUGUGCGUGGCAACGUGCCGUCGCUGAUCAAGUGCGACCGCCUGAAGAUUACAGGCAACGUUGGCUUCGCUCCUGGUGUUGUGUUUGAGGGAUCCGUGGAGGUCGUGAACAAGAACUCUGAGCAGAAGACGGUGCUGCCUGGUACGUACAAGGACACGACGGUGGAUUUGACCGAGCAGAAGGGUCUGGGCAAGCUUAAAGUGUCGACGGUCAAGACAUCUCCGUUUCCAGACCAGAAGCCCGGUACUUCGGGUCUGCGUAAGAAGACCAAAACGUUCAUGAGCGACAGCUACCUGCAGAACUUCGUGGCUUCCGUGUUCGAGGCUCUACCCGCCAAGGACCUGAACGGUGGCACUCUGGUUGUGUCCGGCGAUGGCCGUUACUUCAACAAGGAAGCUAUUCAAAUUAUCACCAAGAUGGCUGUGGCUUACGGUGUCGACCGUCUGUGGAUCGGAAAGGACGGUCUGCUGAGCACCCCGUGUGUGUCGGCUGUUGUGCGUGAGCGCGAGGGAGGCAGCGUCGCCUUCGGCGCCUUCAUUCUGUCGGCGAGUCAUAACCCUGGUGGCCCGAACGAGGACUUCGGUAUCAAGUACAACUGUGAGAAUGGUGGCCCUGCCCCCGAGAAGGUGACGAACGAGGUCUUUGAUAUGUCGAAGGUGAUCACAUCGUACAAGAUCGCCGCGGACUUCCCCACGGUUGACGUGACCAAGAUCGGCACGACCACGGUUGACGCUGACGAUGGUAGCCGCACGAUCACAAUUGAGGUAUUUGACUCGGCCGAACACCACGUGGACUUGCUGAAACGCAUUUUCGACUUCCACGCCAUCAAGAAGUUGGUGUCUCGCUCGGACUUUACGUUCGUGGUCGACGCCAUGUCGGGUGUGAAUGGUCCGUACGCUCGCCGCGUAUUUGUGGAGGAGUUGGGCUGUGACGAAGCGUGUCUGUUGAACGCCACUCCUUUGGAGGACUUCGGCGGAGGCCACGCCGACCCGAACCUGACUUACGCCAAGACCUUAAUCAAGGCCAUGGGUGUGGACGCCAAGGGCCUGCCCGUGACUGGUCAGGAGCAGGAGCCACCUGCAUUCGGUGCUGCCUGGGAUGGCGAUGCUGACCGUAACAUGAUACUGGGCGCACGCUUCUUCGUGACGCCUUCGGACUCUCUUGCCAUCAUCGCUGCUAACUGCACGGUCAUUCCGUUCUUUAAGAAUGGCCUGCGUGGUGUGGCUCGUUCAAUGCCCACCAGCGGUGCCGUAGACCUUGUGGCUAAGAAGCUGGACGUGCCUUUCUUUGAGGUUCCGACUGGCUGGAAGUUCUUCGGCAACCUGAUGGACUCGCACGUCGUGUUCGGCAAGGAGGAUUACACCCCGUUCAUCUGCGGUGAGGAGAGCUUCGGUACAGGCUCGAACCACAUCCGCGAGAAGGACGGUAUGUGGGCUGUGCUGGCCUGGCUUUCGAUCCUGGCCUCAAAGCAGGUGGAGGGUGCCCCGCUUGUGACAGUGGAGGACGUUGUUCGCGACCACUGGAAGAAGUUUGGCCGCAAUUAUUACUGCCGUUACGAUUACGAGAACGUGGACAAGGCCGCUGCCGAAAGUAUGUUCGCCGUUAUGACCAAAUUUGACGGUGUUGUAGGCAAGGAGAUCAACGGCUUUAAGGUAGAGAAAGCCGACGAAUUCGAGUACGUGGACCCAGUGGAUGGUAGUGUGUCAUCGCACCAGGGUAUCCGUUUCCUGUUCGAGGGAGGCUCGCGUGUCGUGUUUCGCCUGUCGGGCACGGGCGUUGCUGGCGCGACCAUCCGUAUGUACAUUGAGAAGUACGAGGAGCCGACAGGCAACCUGGACCAGAACGCCUCUGAAGGACUGGAGAAGCUGAUUGAGGUGGGUCUGAAGCUGUCUGACUUGGAGAAGAAGACCGGUCGCAAGGCCCCUACGGUCAUCACGUAGGGGGUCGCGUCUUCUUCGGCUCGGCAAGCAACUUCAGCUGAGCGGUGGUGUUGAUAGCAUCAUCUGCUUUCUAUGCCCCUGUGUGCCACACAGUGUGGUGGUUGGACUCGACUCUUGAUUCAUCUUGCAUGUCCCAGUUGCUGCUAGUAGUAUGUACUACAGUAGUAGUAAGCACCAUCGAGCAGUAGCAAAAUUAACAAAAAUUUGCAAGGAAA